CAACUGUAUCCGUGGAGCAGUUUUGUAUUUCUGUCUGUGUGUGCCCAAUUGUCAGCAGUCAACAAGCGGAAGCGGCACAGUCCAAAUCCUGCCCGAAACUAUGCGGCGCUAGUGGCCCGAUAAAAGCCAGAGGAAUAUUCAAAAGUACACAGCUGAGGACACUGUCCAAUUAUGGCAGCAAUUUUGUUAAUGUUCUUAGCUCUUCCCGGGGCGAAUUUGGUCUUUGGAGUGAACGAGUUGGAGGUGGCGUCUGUUAAAGAUCUCAAUGGCGAAUACGAAUUAAUGGAUCUGAUGUAUGACGACAGAUUCAAGGAAAUUGAAUUUGACACAGGCGAAGACGGUUUUCCUGUCCCCAAAAUCAAGCCCACGGCAGAUAUUAAAAGCACGUACCGCUUGCAUCUUCCCGAUACACUCUCCGAGUUUGCCAUCCAGUGCGAAUAUCGGUCGAGCUCGUUAAAAGGCGGCUACUUGUUUAGCGUUGUCAAUCCCCUUGAUACCGUCGUGCAGUUGGGAGUGCAUCUCUCUCCGGUUGUCAAGAACAGCUACAACGUCACGCUGGUCUAUGCUCAGGCCGAUGCGAUUUCAGGACGCAAGCUGGCUAGCUUUCCGCUUACCCACGAGCCGGACAAGUGGAAUUCCGUGGCCUUUCAGGUGCUGAGCGACAAUGUGACAUUCUACUAUGACUGCAAGCUGCAAAACAGCACGGCUGUAGUGCGUGACCCCUUUAAAUUGGUUUUCGACACCUCAUCCACGCUAUACAUUGGUCAAGCGGGUCCCCGCAUUGGCGGACACUAUGAGGGAAAUAUCCAUAUGUUAAACGUUUAUACUAACCCGGAUGCACUAAACACAACAUGCAAGCCGCCACCAAAGCCAACGGCGACAGACAUUUACGAGGCCAGUGGAAUUCAGCCCCCACCUGGACAGACACAAUACACACACGAGAGACCUUAUCGCGGCAUAAAGGGCGAGAAGGGCGAACGUGGCCCCAAAGGCCCUCCUGGCGAAACUAUUCGCGGAGCGCCGGGUCCGCCGGGCCAGCCAGGACCCCCAGGUCCCAAAGGGGAAUCGGCAACAUAUCCGCCCUUUAUAGAUACGUCUGUGGCGGGGGCUAAAUACACUGGCAAAUGUACAUGUAAUGCGUCUGAUAUCCUAGAAGCUCUCAAAGACAACGAAAGGUUACGUGAAUCGCUACGUGGAGCGCCGGGCGCACAGGGCAAGGAGGGUAAAACUGGAGCUCCUGGAAGUACCGGAGCCACGGGCGUCGCUGGCGAACGUGGCGCUCCCGGUCUCAAAGGAGAUCGCGGCGAGCGUGGCGACACUGGCGCUCGUGGACCGGAAGGGCUUCAGGGGCACAAGGGUGAGCCAGGUGUCGACGGAAUGCCCGGCGUCGCAGGUCCACCAGGACCACCGGGCCAGCCUGGCUUGCCAGAGAAUUACGAUGAAUCCUUAAUGGUCAACUCGAUGGGCACAUUUCGAGGCUCAACGGUGCCAGGACCCAAAGGUGCGCCUGGCGAAAAAGGUGAAACAGGCCGUCCCGGUGACCGCGGACAGACGGGACAGAAGGGCGACCGUGGCGAUCCAGGCAUGACCGGUGCGCACGGACCAAGUGGUGCCAAGGGCGAACCCGGAUCUCCUGGCGUCCCCGGUCUAGCUGGGCAGCCGGGCGCCUCCGGCUUUUUCGCCGGCGGCUUGGAAGGCAUGGCUACCAAUGGGACGAAGGGCGAAAAAGGUGAGAAGGGUAUGCGCGGACGACGCGGCAAAUCGGGUCCCGCUGGACCAAUUGGGCCACCUGGCAAACCAGGAGCCAUGGGUGAUAUUGGACACUCGGGCCGUCCUGGCAUGAUGGGAGCCAAAGGCGAAACGGGCCCAAAAGGUGCCAAAGGAGAUGCAGGCGGACGUGAAGGGCCCAAGGGCGAAAAAGGCGAUCGUGGACAGGAUGGUCGCGACGGUCUGCCCGGUCCGCCGGGAAUGCCCGCACCAACUGGCGGCGAUGGCGAUAGUGGUGGAGUACAAUAUAUACCAAUGCCAGGACCCCCCGGUCCACCCGGUCCUCCAGGAAGUCCCGGCAUGCCGGGUCUUUCAAUUUCCGGACCCAAAGGCGAGCCCGGCAUGGAUCCGCGGAGCAGUUUCUUCGGCGAUGCUUCCUACUACAGUCGACCAGGUGCGCGCUCAUCUUUAGACGAACUCAAAGCGCUGCGUGAGCUGCAAGAUCUGCGCGACAGACCCGAUGGCACAGCCGAGCCUCCGCUGCUGCCUCCUCGGACCGCCCACUCCCACAAGCACGACGAGGGCGAGGAGGGGCCAUAUUUCUCCGCAUCAUCUUCCAACAUGCGAAUCGUGCCAGGUGCAGUCACAUUCCAGAACAUUGAUGAGAUGUCAAAGAAAUCGGCACUCAAUCCGCCUGGCACACUGGCCUACAUCACGGAAGAGGAAGCUCUGCUGGUGCGCGUCAACAAGGGCUGGCAAUACAUAGCGCUGGGCACCUUGGUACCAAUUGCAACACCCGCACCACCCACCACAGUGGCACCAUCUGUGCGUUUCGACUUGCAAUCGAAGAACUUAUUAAACAGCCCCCCACCAUUGCUCAACACGCCGACGUUCACAACCGCGCCCGAAUACGAAACGUGGUAUCCACGAAUGCUGCGCGUAGCGGCUCUAAAUGAGCCCUAUGUAGGCGACCUGCAAGGAAUUCGCGGUGCCGAUUUCGCCUGUUAUCGCCAAGGACGACGCGCCGGGUUGCGGGGCACAUUCAAAGCGUUCCUCUCAUCCAGAGUACAAAAUCUGGACUCCAUUGUGCGUGUGGCCGACCGUGAUCUGCCCGUUGUCAAUACGCGAGGCGAUGUGCUCUUCAAUUCGUGGAAGGGGAUUUUCAACGGACAGGGUGGCUUCUUUUCGCAGGCACCGCGUAUUUACAGUUUCAGUGGCAAGAACGUCUUGACAGAUCCAUUAUGGCCGCUCAAGUUGGUGUGGCACGGCUCGCUGCCAAAUGGGGAGCGUUCAAUGGACACUUACUGUGAUGCCUGGCAUUCGAGCGCACGGGACAAAUUUGGCUAUGCCAGCAAUUUGCUUGGCAAUAAGCUGCUCGAUCAGGAGCGCCAGAGUUGCGAUGGCAAGCUGAUUGUGUUGUGUGUGGAGGCAUUGUCGCAGGAUCGGCGGAAAAAGCGGGAUGUUAGCGACAGUCAACGGCAGCUCGACGAGUUCAGCACGGCUCAGGAGUAUGCGGCGCAUUUAGACAAUUUACUGCUGUAAGGCGGGCGAGCCCUGAUGACAACAACAAUGCCAGUCAUUCACAGCGUACAUGCGUACUCUCAGAAUCACAAUCACACAAAUACAAAUACAAACACAAACACAUACUACACACAUUAAAUGUAAACGUAAAUCAUGGCCAUGCAUAUAAUCAGUGAAUUCCAAACAAAACCAAAAAAUACUUAAGUAAAACAAACGGCAAGUGCGAGAUUGCAUAAAAAUACAUACAUACUAUACAUACAUACAUACAUAUUGUAGGUAAUAAAAACACUAAUAAAUAGGCAGAUCAAAUAAUUUGUAAUAUGUAAAAUUUUUGUAUGUUCGACAAAAACAACAACUGCAACAAAAAUAACGAGAACCGUUUUUGUACAAGCGACGAAAGGUAUUUGUAACUUUAUGGUAAAUAUAAUAAUAUAUAAAACCUAAUGUAAUUUUAUAAUUAAGAACACGUUGCGCAUCAUACAGAACUGCAUAGUAUUCAAGUAAAUACAUACAUGCAUACAUACAUACUCACAUAUUUAUGCAUAUCUCUUGUAUGUAUUUAGAGAAACAGAGCAAAUCAUUUCCAACUGCGUACACAGGCCAAAUUAGUCUCCUAUGUAUUUAGAAGCGCGACAAAACGAUUGAAGGACACAACUAAAGGAAAACUCCACUGGAAAAUACAUUUUAAAAAUGGCUGCUGUAUAUACAUAAAUACAUAUACAUACAUUCAUAUUAAUGUAUUUUUGUCAAAAGACUUCUAAAUGUGUAAAUGAAUUAAAACAAACAACCACAGAAUACGAUCGAUUUUCUAAACCAAACAUUUUUAGCUGUCAACUCUAUUGUGUAGAGAUUAAGAAAAUCACGAACAUUCUGUUUUUAUAAGAAACACACAAAAACAAAAGGGAGGAUAGAAAUACUCAAUUCAGAUUUUGAUUUCUAAAAUUUUUACUCGUAGUUGCAAUUGGAAUACUCAAUAUUAAAUAUUUAUAUGAAAACCAAACGAUUUUUUAUAAGAGCGUAACUGAACAAGUGGAGAUAAAUCGUAGCCAUAAAUUCAAAAAUAUUAUGCAUAUAAACAGAAGUGUAACUUUAAAAAACUACGAAUAUUUAAAAUGAAUUAUAGUUCUAGUUAGUUACAUAAUUUCUUUUGCAUUUAAUCAAUGCAUU